UGAUCCAAACGGCCAAACCCCCUGGGCGCCGGCGGGCAGGCGGCGGCGGCCGAUCGACGUCGACGAAAGCAGGCGCGGAGGCUCCGACCUCGCCCCUAGAUUUGCAAUGCUAGCCCGGGUGUUUGGCCUUGCGAGCAAAGCAUGGAAGCGAACGCCGCAUAUGUCCGUCCCGGCCUCGACCUCGCCGCGCCGCCGCUCCCACAUGCCACCGCAGCUUCGUCGCCACCACAGCAGGCCGUCGGAACCGGAAAAAUUCCCCGAAGAACAGCACCCGCUACAAAAUAAUAGCGGAGGAGCUCAGCCAAUGCUGAACCGGAGCCGGAGCAAGCAGACUAAUAAUGUCAACAUCGAGAAUUCAGCGUUUGCUUCCGUCGACUCUAAUAGGGAUACAGUUGACGGGAGUUUUGACCAGAGGUUUGCAACACUGAAGAACAUUGGGGAGGAUCGUGUCAACGACCUUGAGCUCAAGUUACUGCUAAAGAAGAAACUAGCCCCCAUUUGUUAUGUUUGGUGUGAUCCCUCUCCCUGGAUGCACAUUUCCCAGGGGAUCAUGGAGACACUCAGUAUUAACAAAAUGGUUAAAUCUGGUUUCAAAGUUAAAAUCCUAAUGGCAGACUGGCUUGCCCAGAUGAACAGUGAGAUUGGUGGCAAUCUAAAUAAGAUGCGGACUAUUGGCAGGUACAAUAUUGAGAUGUGGAAAGCAACUGGCAUGGCUCUUGAUGAAGUUGAGCUAGUCUGGUUGUCAGAUGAAAUAAGUCGACAUGGCGAUGAAUACUGGCCACUUGUCAUGGAUAUUGCAAGGAAGAAUAGUGUGCGUAGAAUUAGAAGAUAUUGUGGUAGUAGAGACCAGUUUAUGAUGGGACAAUUAACUGUGGCUGAGAUGUUUCGCCCUUGCCUGCAGUCUGCUGGCAUAUUAUUUCAGAAGGCAGACAUAUGGCUGUUGGGAAUGGAUCAGCAUGAUGUCAACUUAUUGGCUAAACAAUAUUGUAAACAUAUCAAGAGGAAGAGUAUGCCAAUUGCUGUUUUGCACAAUAUGCUUCCUAAUUUAUUACAAUACCCUGCAAGGGAGAAUAGGAGGCAUCCAGCAUGGGCUAUCUUCAUGGAAGAUGGCAAGGUUUGUUUACUAGCGGCACACUUUGCCUGUAUGAAUUAUGAUGCUAACCCUGGUUACAUAUAUUCUGUCGGUUGCAUUUUUUUUCUAAAAAAAAUUCCGACAUAAAUUUACCUCGAACCUUUUGAUUCAGAGCUCUCGAGUACACAAAGAGUAAAGGUACUUGCUACUUUGCUUGGUAUCUUUUAUGAAACACACAAUAAAGCAGAGUAUCAUUGCAUUAAAGAAAAAAGAGUAGAAGCCCUGAAUACACCACACACACUCACGUCAUCAGUUUCUUUCAAAAAAAAAAAAAACUCGACCUCUGGGGGAAUGACCUCCCCCAAGGUUUGACACGAAAGAUAGAAGUUUUCUCUUCUGCAGGGUCGAGAAAAGGCCACGAACCCUAGCUACCCAGGACAUGCCACUGACAGCGAGGGCGCGCCUGCGGACGCGUAUCACGCUGCAACCGUCAGUGGACCACGCAUUUCCUGUUUAAAUAGCACAGCGAGUGGCCUUUUUUUUACUCCGUGAGCACUAGUGCUGAACCUGGGGUUCAAACACUGGCGGGGCUGGCUGCGCACCGCAAGCCUUUGCCAUCCGAACUAGUGCUCGGUCUCACGUCAUCAGUUUCUUAGAGGAACACAUGCCCCUAACUGCCUGUGAAUGACCAGGACCUAAAGCUUAACUUGUGAAACCAGGUCAGUCAUUGAGGGAGAGCCCUCGAUCCCCAGCCAGACUCCAAAGCCACGCCUCCUCUUCUGCAGGCAAUAGAGAAGAAACUAUGCUUGGUACAGUGCCAUAAAAAACACAGCAAUUCUAUGCUUCCAGACAUUCCAAUCGCCAAGGAUGAUAACUGAUAAGGGAGUUGACGUCUAGCUGCACCAGACCACCAACUGAGUCAAUCGCCCUACUCUAACAAUCAUCGAAGAAUUGGUCAUCCAGCGAUGGCAUAUGAAGCCCAACCCGCUGGAGGAGGCCAAACCAGAACUGUCUAGCAAGGACCCAAGUGGUGAGAAGGUGGUUAAUUUUUUAAUCAUCCUAAUCACAAUGUGGGUCCUCGACGGGCAAGAUGAUCUGCAGUCUUACAUCGCUAUCAGUAUACCUUUAUGCUUAAGCACUAAACUCAUCUUGUUCCAGGAAGAUUAAUAACAAGGGAAGACUUUCAGCCCGUGUAAAUACCCUUGUAAAUAUCAUUCUGUCGUGGUGUGGUAAAC